AUGGCCAUCUCAUACGCAGGACUUCCUACCGAUCACGCUCAAACCCUCCCCUCCUUUCGUGAGCUCCUCCCCGCUCACCUUCAUGAUGAGAUCGAGUCGACCUCCGGCUUCUACACUUCCCCCCGACACCAUUCGCACGAGCGUCCCACAUCUUCAAGUCAUGACUUGAUCUCCGAUCCUAGAGCGCUCUCCGGCCGUGCCCCCUAUGGCUCUCCCUCCAAACUGGUUUUGGGGGAAGCCCCCCGCGACUAUUCCGUCGCCGCCUCAGUUCGAGCCGAUACCCCCAUGGGGGGCAUGUCAGACCAUUCGCCUUUACAAUCCCGAAUGCCCAAUGUCCCUCAGGGAACCUCCGGGUCGACUCCUCGAUAUGCCUCCCGGGGUCCCAGUCCGAUUCUGCCCCCGAUCCGUGACCUCCAAUCCCUUCCCGAACGAAAUCUGAACCCGCCGAGUCCUGCCUUUGCUGCGGAUCCCAGGGGGCCUUCGCGGGCUGAUCCUUUUGCGGCUCGGGCGGGACAUGUUGAUGCUCAUGGGUUUGCUUCGGCCAGCUACUCGAGUCCAAUGGGAGACCGACGGAAUGUGGAUUCUUCUUACAUGGGGGGCAACGGGCCUGCAUUGAUGCAUAACCAGUCGGCAUACCACUACCCCGUGGCCUAUCAGAGUGAUUCCGAGCAGCCGUCGCCACAGUUAAUACCGCACGCUCCGCAGUCCAACUUUGGAAUUCUGGGCGACUCGAUCGACCCUAAGAACAAGCGGAGACGGGGGAAUCUGCCCAAACCGGUGACGGAUAUUCUGCGCGCCUGGUUCCAUGAUCAUCUAGAUCAUCCUUAUCCCAGUGAGGAGGAUAAGCAGAUGUUUAUGACUCGAACGGGUUUGUCUAUCAGUCAGAUUAGCAAUUGGUUCAUCAAUGCGAGAAGACGACAAUUGCCGGCUCUCCGGAAUCAAAUGCGAAACGGUGGUAGCGACGUGGACCCUCAACGACAGUCACCAUUCAGCGAUAUGGAGCAGACUUCAUCCGAAUCGAUGCCGUCUCCUCGCCAUUAG